GAAGCUAUAAGAACUCAAAUUUUGAAGUGUGCUGUUCUUCUUUGUGGGGGGUGUCUAAAUUCGCAAAGGGAGAAGGAAGAACCUGUGAUCACUUCCUCCUUUACUUGAUCAAUACGAUGGCCACCUUACCUGGACCUCUGAUAUGGGAAAUCGUCAAGAAGAACAACUCAUUCUUUGUGAAGCAGUUUGGUAAUGGUUCUGCCAUGGUUCAGUUCAGCAAGGAAAGCAACAACCUUUACAAUGUCCACUCCUUUAAGUACUCAGGGUUGGCAAACAAGAAGACAGUUUCCAUCACUCCCGGUGGAAAAGAUUUAAGUGUUGCGCUUUCAACCACGAAGACAAGGAAGCAGAGCAAGCCAUCUGAUCUGCAGAACCGUUCCCUCUUGAAGAAGGAGUUCCGUAGAAUGGCAAAGGCUGUUGUAAGCCAGGUUGCAGAUAACUACUACAGGCCAGACUUGAAGGAUGCAGCACUUGCCAGACUCAGUGCUGUGCACAGGAGCCUCAAGGUUGCCAAGUCUGGUGUCAAGAAGAAGACCAGACAGAACCAGAAGCCAUCUAGGAAGUGAGAUAUUCAUGCGUCUCUGGUUUCUAUCCUUUUCCGAGACAUAGGACCUAAGUUUGGCUGGAGAAUCUAAGUGUUGCUUUCUCACUCUUGUUUUCUUGUGUGGUCUGAUAGAAUUUGAUUGAGAUUAUCUGUUAGGGAGAUGAGUAAUUGAGAUUUUGAUUGCAAAAGUGAUUGCUUUUAGCAUGCAUCUCUUUUUGGUUAUUGGUUAUUUGGGUGUACCUUUUUGUGGUUUAGCAGGGUAUAAUGUAAUGUAACACUCUGGAGUUUCAUGUGGAACACUUUAGAAUCACUAA